AUGAAGUUACCGGGAUUAGAUAUACCUUUAGCACAUCAAGUUGCGACAAUAACAGCCACAUCAACGUCAAUAUCUGAAAGGAUUCAAUCUCCUACAUUAAAUUCUAUCACAACAAACAAUUUAACCUCCCAAAUUAAUUUACCUCUACUUCCGACCCCUGAACCACAACAAAAAGAAACGAUCAACAAUCAGAUAUCAAUCAAGUUGUUAAAACAUCGCAAAGCAACAUCAGUGUCAUCAUUAAAUAGUUAUCGUGUGGAAAUCUUCUUGAUAUUAGAUAAUUUUGCUCAUUUGGUAAAGUCGAUGGGCACCAGUGGUGGCAUGAUAUUCUAUCUAAUGAUAUUUUUAACCACUUUCCCAUUGGUGAUUGGAUAUAGCACAUUAAUUACUUUAUCAGGAUUUACAUUUGGGUUCAGGGUAGGAUUUUUUAUAUCAUAUAUGGCAGCUCUUACAGGAGCCAUAACAGUAUUUUAUUUAAGUAGAAAAUGGUUUAGAAAAUCCGUUAGAAGGAUGUUACAUAAAAAUAAAUCCCUUAAUGCUGUCAUUACAGCGGUUGAGAAAAAGGGUUUCAAGUUAUUAUUCUUAAUAAGGUUAGCACCUUAUCCUUAUAAUGUGUUAAAUACUUUGUUGUCAGCUACACAUUUAUCAUUCAAAACGUUCGUAGGAGCAACCGCCUUAUCUUUAUUCAAAUUAAUGAUACAUGUUUGGAUUGGAAGCAAGUUAUCUUCAUUUUCUGCUCAUUAUACUCUCAAAGAAACCAAUGAUAUUAGCACAACUAGUAAUAAUAACAGUCAGGAUGUGUUGAAAGCAAUAAUGAUGAUUAUUGGAAUAAGUAUUGUUGAUUUUGUUAUUGACAAUCUUUUUAUUACUAACGAAAAAAUGAAUGAAAAUAAUGAUGUUGAAAAAGAUGAACAUAGUAAUCAUAAGGGCAUAAGAUCUAUUGACGUUAUUGAAGAAGAAAAUACCAAUUAA